GCACGUAACUUAUUAUUAAAUAAUCAUAAAUCUAUAAUAAUUAUAUUAAUUUAAAAUGAAAGGCACCGGUGAACUAUUCAUUCUACCACAGUAAAUUGCUGCGAUAUUAGCCAAGAUGAGCGUGAUACAAAGAAGUUUUAUUCCACUUUACAAAGGUGUUAAAAAAGGCAAUAAAUAUUUGACCCUUACUACUCGGCUCAUAACUUCGCCUGCACUAAACAAUACCGAACAGAUUGAAUUAAUAAAAUCAGCUACAGAUACAAGUCAAUCUAAGUCCAAUUGGUUGAAUUUUAAAAAUAAUAUUCUUUGUAAGCAAGGCAACUUGAACGAGAAAAAUAUAGAUGCUGUUUUAUUAAAAACAAUGGUGGCAAACAAAAAAUUUAAUGCUGCACUAUCUUUUGCCAAUUAUUUGCAAUUAUCUGACUGUGAGUUAUCAAUAGGUGCCAUCAAUAGUCUGUUGAAUCUUUAUUAUGAAUACUCAAAAGAAAAUGAGCUGUCGGAGACUGAAAAAACCUUUAUUUUGAGUACAUACACACAUCUUUAUGAGAAAUAUAAAGUUCUGGACAGUGUAACUUGUGAAAAGCUUUUACAUGCGCUAUGUGCAAUAAAUGAAUGGAAAAAAUGUAUGAGAGUCUUAGACGAUAUUCAAUUAACUGGUACACCCUCUCAUUCUGCAUAUAGUACAUUAAUAGGAACAUUUUUUAAAAACAAUAAGAAAGCUGAAGCAAUGAAGAUGAUAGAAAUAAGUGAGAACAACAGAAGACCACUUAAAGAUUAUGCAUAUGAAGAAUGGAUGAAGUAUAUUUUUCGAAAGUAUAAAGAUAAAAAGACUAUAUUAAAAUAUUUGAAUGAGUUAUGUAAUCAUGUAUCAAAGAAUGGUACUGUGGUCCCAGAGGCAACUGCACACAGGUUAAAAGAAUCAUAUGAGUCUAUCAAUUGGAAUGUUAAAUUUACAGAGAUAAAGAAAGACAGAGGCCAAUGCAAGAACUGCAAUCAUACAUUAGAUUGCCUCAGGUUAACUACAGAAGAAUUUACAACAUUACAACAGAAUAUUAAAGAAAAACUUAUAGUUGGCUCUGAUCUAUUCCUUAAAACAUCUCCGGAUGAAUUGGAAAGGUUCAUGGAUUUUGUUGGAAGAACAGCCCCAUAUGAUAUAGUUUUGGAUGCAUUAAACAUAGCUUACGUAGCUGGGAGAGGUGAUGUUAAUGAUAGGGUACGACUAUUGACUACUGUAGUUAACCAUUUUCUACAGAAAAAGAAAAAGAUACUGCUUCUGGGCAGGAAACAUAUGCUUAAGUGGAAAAGAGGUACACUGUUGCAACUGACGAAGAAUACGCAAAGUUUCUUCACCGAAAACCUGACGCAAGAUGAUCCGUACUUCAUAACAGCGGCCAUUUUAAGCGGUCCUCAUACAGAUAUAGUGUCCCGCGAUCUGCUCCGUGGCCACAAGUUUCUGAUGCAACACGAAGAGUUGCGUCAAUUGUUCCAGAGGUGGCAGUGGGAACAUCAGUGGACGAUUUUCCCUAAUAGAUAUAGACCUAUAAUUCAGGAACCUCUAAAGUUCACGCCUAUCGCACAACGCAGCAAUACGGGCUGGCAUCUACCGUAUGAAGUGGAGAAUUCAUCAACCUUUGGACAAAUUAAAGACGGCGUACCGGAUGUGAGCAGUUGGCUUUGCAUGAGACAAAAAUUAAAUAAUUGAAUCAAAUAGUUCAAUUUUUUAUUAAAUGUUAUAAAAAAAAUAAUUUGAAAAUUAGUUCCUUAUUUAACAGAUUGUUGUAUGCUGGCAAUAUUAUGUUUAUAAUAUUUAUGCAUGUUUUUCUAAAUAGAAUAAAUGUUUUUUUUUAUA